GUUGCCUUCAACCUCAUUACCUCACUCACAGUCACACUUGUGUAAUUAAAAAUCCCUACUCAGGCGACCAAUUUUCGCCUCUCUCGCUUUCUCCUAUCAUCGUGCUCUCUCUUACCUCUCUCGGAGAUAUUUUACUCAGAUUGAUAGAUUUGGAGGGAUGACGCUAGGGUUGUUAUUGGGGAUCGGAAGAACAUUCCGAAGAAAGAGAGCUUCUUCGCUCGAUAUUCUCUCCCCCAAACGAGCUCCCAGAGACUUCUACAAGGGCAAAAACUGCAAACCUACUGGUUUCCACACCAGAAAAGGAGGAUAUGUUGUGCAGCCAGAUAAAUUGCCAAACUACGUAAUCCCUGAUCUGACCGGCUUUAAGCUGAAACCAUAUGUAUCUCAGUGCCCUGUACAAGUCCAAAAAACCGAGUCAGCUGAAGCUUCCAAGUGAAAAAAAAAAGUCAAGAAGAAAUGCGUUUUUGAAGUCUUCAUUAGCUUAAAGUAAGGACUGUGUUCUAAGAAAUUCGUCUUCUAUGAUUCUUAAUCAUUUUGGUUGGGAUAGUGAACAAGGUUCUCCAUUUUUGUUGGGAAUUGUCAAUUCAAUUUAAAGUUCCAAGAUUUGUUAAGGUUUUUUUUUCCCAACAGAAGACUCAAUAUUGGACUACUCAGAUAAAC